CCCGCCCUCAGACGGCCCGUGCCCCGCAGCGCUGCGGCCCGGCCCGGCCGCUGGGUGCGAGAUGGCCGCCGGUAGGAGCCGCGGGCUGCUGUGGCUGUGGCUGCUGGCAGCUGCGGCGGAGUUGACGGCGGGCAGGGCUCCCAGCUGCCACGAAGUUCGGACGGCGUUCCAGCUGCGGCAGAUCGGGCCCCUCAAGCUGGUCCCCGACGUGCCCACGGCCGAGUCAGAUUUACAGAUCUGUCAAAAUAGAGCACCAACAUGCUGCACCAAAAAAAUGGAAGAGAGCUACCAGGCAGCUGUUCGAAGAGAAAGGAUGCAGAGUAUCCAGGCACUGAAUUUUGAACUGAAGUACAUGAUUGUUGGCCAUACCACAGCUUUUCAAGAGGCCUUUGAGUCCUUCCUGCGCUUGGCUGAAAACCAUACAAGAUCUCUGUUUGAAGCAGCUUACAGACCUAUGGCAAAAGAAGCAGAAGAGCCUGUUAAAGAACUUUUCACAGACAUCUCCCUCUACAUCCUGGGUGCAGAGACUACAGUGGAAAAUGCAGUAUUACGUUUUUUUGACAGUCUUUUUCCUUUGGUGUAUAGUCGGCUAAUAAAUCCAGGAAUUACUGAUCUGUCAGAGGACUAUACGGAAUGUCUUCGGCUUACGAGGCAAGACAUAAAUCCUUUUGGACACUAUUCUAAAAACAUGGUUACAGAGCUGUCAAAAUCUCUUUGGGCAAGUAGGAUGCUCAGCCAGGCUCUCAAUCUGGGCACUGAAGUGAUAAAUAUUACUGAACACGCUGCCCUCACCAAGGAGUGCAGUAGAGCUCUAGUGAGGAUGCAGUACUGCCCACAUUGCCAGGGCCUGACACUAAUCAGACCUUGUGUUGGAUACUGUCUGAAUGUGAUGAGGGGCUGUUUGGCCAGUGUGUCAGAACUGGAUAUGCAAUGGAGGGAGUAUAUCUCCACACUGGAAUAUCUGACUAAUGAAAUGGGUGCCUCACAUGAUCUGGAAAUAGCACUGACGGGAAUCUGGAACUCCAUCAAUGAAGCCAUCCUGCACGCACAGUUAAAUGGACCACAGCUUUCUGCUACAGUCGAUAAAGUGUGUGGACAGCCCAAACAACAAGAAGGGAACCAGCCAUCAGGCCAUAUAGUGCCAGUGAAGGAAGCAACUGAAGCCCAGACACUUGUGUUGGCUCAUGCUAGUCUGAACAAUAAAAGAAGUUCUCUGCCUCUGAAACCUUCAAAGAAUGACAAAUCAAGAAGUUUGAAAAAAAUCUCUCGAGAAUUCAUCAAUUAUAUGAAGCGAUCCCGAACCUUUUAUGCCUCUAUAGCAGAAAGGCUGUGUGAUGGAGACCUGGUGAUGAGAGACAGCUCAACCUGCUGGAAUGGAGAAGAUGUUGUAGAGAGUUAUACCAGCAGAGUUGUUUCCAGUGGAUUGAAGGCUCAAAUUAAUAAUCCAGAACUGAAAGUCAGAGGACUAGACCCACUCAUCAGCAAUUUGAUUGAUAAGCUUCAGAACUUUAAUCAUCUGGAUGCUGAGAAAGCAAAAUUAAAACUGGAAAGAUGGUCUUCCCGAGAUCCUGGCAGUGGGGGAGGAAGAAGUGAAGAGUUGGAGACAAGUGGGGACUGUGAUGAUGAGGAUGGCUGCCAAGGAUCUGGUGACAGGAUUCACACAGCAGAUAUACUCAAGGACAAGAAAAUCCAUCCAGAAAACAGAAAUGAACCAAAACCAACUGUGAAAAAGAUUGUCACCACAACCACCACAAGCACUGUCAAGUCAUCCUCUAAACACAGCGUAACUGGAAAUGGGAGCAGUGCAGCCCUGAGUUCCUCACUUUUUGUUUUAACAGCACUAGCAGUUCUGUGGCCUUGCCCCCCAUAACUGCACACGAUUGCAGCCACUGCACAAGCCUUUCUGUUCACUGUCACCUACACCUGCAGCCUUACCCAGAGAAAGCAAAGCUAAAUAGCUAUCUGUUUUACUUGAUAUAUUAGAAUGAAUAUUAAACAAUGGGCUGGAGUUGGCAGAUAGGAAGUGUCCUCACCUAGAGUGAAGAUAGCUUCUGACAAAGCCCAGCCAGGAUGCAGAGAAAACGAUGACAGAAGUUCAAGUAGCUUUAGUUAUGGGAUAGAAAUAAUAGAGAACAUGAGAACUGUGUACGUGUGUUACUGUUCUUCUCAGUUAUGUUCACUGGAAUCACAUUGGCUGUUGUGUUGAAGUUUUUUUCUGAUAAAUUAAAGGAAUGGUCAGUCUUCAAAUCUAAGCCCAUACAUGCAUUGUUUCUCCAGUGAGCGGCUAAUAAUCUACAUCUGCAGUUGUAAAACAUGCUGAAGUGAAGCAUUUUGACCAACGGGAUGAAAUUCCUCAAUGGUCGAGAAGAUCAAAGCAUGUCUGAAAUUUCUUUUCACUGCUACUCUUUAGAUUGUAGGAAGCCACACAAAAGCACAUAGCAUGUUUAAUACAUCAGCAUAGCUGCCUUAACAAUUGCAAAAAUUAGGAACACUUUGUUUACUGAGAGCAACAUCGAGAUUGAGUUUCCCUGCCCCACAAAAUGGAAUCACCAAAUGCUCAAACAUAUGCUGAAGGCCUAUGGGAUGCAUGUCCAGCAACAGGAAAUACAAGCAUCUUCUUCAGUUGAAUGUUUUGUACAGUUUGGGGGUGGGUGGGGAGGGGAGAUCAUUCAGUUAAAAUUCAGUUUGUCGGCAUGUUGUUAAAGAGAAAAUAACUUAAAUUUUCCAUAAAAGACUGAGAGGUGUAAGUUAAUGGGAGCUCCUGUUAUACACAACCAAGAUUUGGGGCAUUGUGAAUCUCUGAAAUAACUGUUUCAUAAACUCUGUAUUAUUUAAUUACAUUUAAUGUUUAAAGUUUUCUAUCACUAUAGGUGUAAAUGUAAAAUAGUCAAAUCUGGAAUAUUCUCUAUCACAUCUCAAUUUCUAUCCUAGAAAAUGACAAAAUGUGCAUUAUAUUUCAAGGCUUCUUUUUUUUUUUAAUCCAUCAUAUCUUGAUAUAUUGUAACUUUUCAAAUGGAAAGUACUAAACUUCUAAUGAGUGUCAAUGUGUGUUUUCCAACAGCUAUGUUUACAGUACCAUUGAAUAUAUAUAAACACAACUGUAUGAAUUCAGUGAUUAAUGAUAAGUAAGUGAAACGUUGGAAUUGUUAUACUUGCUGCAUUUCAUAACCGUUACAACAACUUAAUGGCCAUUUUCAUGUUGUAGACUGUUACUGUGUACAGUUUUAUAAGAUUGAACAUAAAACAUUUAUCUUU